AAUGGGAUAAUGUAAUCAUAUUUUUCUUAUAAGUUCUCUCUUGCUGUGACUUGUGAGGAUCAAAGUGUGCAUUUGGUGCUUUUGACAUUGCUUCAUAAAUGGCAGUUAACUGUUACUGGCUUAUAAUAUUGAAUACUUUUUUUCUCCACUGUCACACAAUUUAAAUAUCAUUCCAACUCCUAUUCAUUCUUUAACAAGUCUACAUUACAGUAAUACAUGUUCAGGUUGAUUAUAAGCUGAUUUUGGUGAUCACACCUGUUUGUUGUUGCUAAUAGGGUCUCAUUGAAACCUGCAACACAUAACCUGUUAUACAAUUUCAGUUCACAUGGUUCCAGUUAAAGGCGACUGCAGCAGAUCUCUGAACACAAGGCACUGCUUCACACAGCAGCUGGAAUGUUUCACUGGUCUCUUGGUUCUGCAGCACAGCAACAAACUCAUCUGGUAAUAUUCAACAGGCAUGUUAUACAAAACCUAGAUGUCUGCGCUCUACAUUUUAUCACGUCUGUUGUACAACGCACUGUUUUGCCACAGUUUGAGUUUGUGAACAACCGAUGCGUGACCACUACGGCUGCACUGACUCCAGUUUAAGAUGACAUCAUGGUAAAAGUAUUUGUUGGCAGUGUAGGCCUACUUGCUAAACAGGGCGGACGUUAUGGACCGUGAUUCACUGGGCUACACAUUUCUCUGCUGCUCUUCUCUCUCAAAGAAUGCUAUCUCACUCGAUUAUUGUAAAGUCAUGUUUGUGCACUCUGAUGCAGAGAAAGGACUUGGAUAGAGCUGAUUAAUGCCUGUGGGUCAUAACUUCUCAACGGUGACCAUCAUGCUGCAGAUGUUGGUAAUGUUGUGUUUGCUGUCAGUUGUCCUCUCCCAAACCACAUAUUCCUCGUCCAAGAGAGGACGCAACAUCACUGUCCACUCCUCCCAGCUGGUCUGCAGUCUGCCAGGCCCAACUGGACCUGCCGGAAACCCCGGAGCCCCUGGAUCACCAGGGCCCAUGGGCCCCAUGGGGCUCCCAGGGAAGGAUGGCCCGGACGGGAAGGAUGGCGAGAGGGGAGGAAAUGGAAAUGGAGGUGAUCCAGGGAGGACAGGGAACCCAGGUAAGCCAGGUGUGAAGGGGCGCGAAGGUGUCCUCGGCAAGGCUGGACCUCGAGGACUGAAGGGCCUACGAGGGACACCUGGGAAGGCUGGAAAACGAGGACAUAAAGGAGAACUGGGUGACGUUGGCCAGCAAGGAGCUCCAGGGGGAUGUAACUGUGGCAGCGCGGCCCGAUCGGCCUUCUCUGUGGCGGUCACAAAGAGCUACCCUAAAGAGCGACUGCCCAUCCGCUUCAGCCGGAUCCUGCUGAACGAGGGGGAUCACUACAACACCACAAGUGGGAAGUUCGUCUGUGUCGUCCCCGGGGUCUACUAUUUCACAUAUGAUAUCACUCUGGCUAACAAACACCUGGCCAUCGGGCUGGUCCACAACGGGCAGUACAAGAUCAAGACCUUCGAUGCGAACACAGGGAACCAUGACGUGGCGUCUGGUUCUACUGUUCUCCACCUGCAGCAGUCCGACCAGGUCUGGCUGCAGAUCUUCUACUCCGAGCAGAACGGACUCUUCUUUGACCCUUUCUGGACAGACAGCACCUUCACCGGCUUCCUUAUCUAUGCGGACCAGGACUAUCUCAACGAGGCUGAGAGGAAAGCGAAUGCUCGGGAUGAUGGUUAAUCCUGAGAUCAUUUCAUUGUGUUGUGAAUCCAAAAUCUGACACCAGGGGGCACACAAGGAAAGAAAAGUCAGCCACAGUUGGGGGACCCUUUUAAUUGUUUAACAUUGAAAAGCCCUGUGUUUUAUCUGUAUUAUCGUUCAUUUGCUGACAAAAAAUUUUUUGGAUACGUCAUUAUAAUAAUAAUUAUCAUCAUUCCUCUGUUUUUUAUUUAUCUUACAUGAGCUCCAAGGUUGUCACGUUAUUAGUAUUAGAGUGAAACGCACAUACACCAUUCUGCACAGUUAAAGUCAAACAUCCAACAAUAAGCAAAACACAUAUUUGAGUGGAGGAGGACUUUAAGUUAGCCAUCCCAUCAGACAGAUCAAAUAUUUCUCAUUUUAUUGGAUAUUAAUGCUGGGUUUAGAAGCAUUGCAUGACAUGGAUAACAAGUAAUUAAAAGAAUACAUUGAAUCAUAUGAUAAUAAUAAUUUAUAAUUUCAACCUCAGCCUGUCCACAGGAUUAAGUAGUCACAGAUAGCAUGUAUUUGGGAUUACGUAAUCAGAUUACAACAAUUUGUAGCUCAUCAACAGAUUACAUUUGAAAAAAAGUGUAAGAUUAUAGUUACAUUGUCAAGGAAUUCUUGAUGACAUUUUUGUAAGGGUAACUUGAUUUGACCAAGAAAAAGAUGUAAAGAUGUUUUUCUAAUGAUAAAGAUGUUUUUCUACUCUAACUCAAAGUAGGAUGAUUAAUGUGUUUUGUUUUUCCUUUUAAUAUAUAUUGAAGAUGAUGAGCAUUUUGAGUAUGUGCUCCUCUUGUGAU